CGACGACGACGACGACUUGCCUGAAUACAUUCUCUUCCGGUUGCACGCUGCCAUUCUGUUUUCUUAGCAUCUGCUUUGUCAAUUUAUAGAUAUGGCAUCGUCUGUUUUUUACAAGUUCAACUCGAGAAGAGACGAAUCUCGAGUGUCCUUCGAUGGCACCGGUAUCUCUGUUUUUGAUCUCAAGCGCGACAUUAUUCUAGCGAACAACAUGGGCAAAGCAAACGAUUUUGAUCUUUAUAUCUAUGAUAGUACCUCCAAGCAAGAGUACAAGGAUGACUCCGAAAUCAUUCCUCGUUCUUCUUAUGUCAUCGUCAAACGACUACCUGCGUCACGUCCCGGCAAGGGUAAAGCCUCAAUGUAUAUCGCUGGCGCUGGAAAUAUUGUACCGACCUCCGAACCUGUCUCCAGAAAUGGAUCUACAUGGCAUAAGGGUGCACUAUCAAAACGAUUUGAUGGAAAGGACGAGGCUCCGCAAAGACCUCCGACUGCACCUACUCCCGUUUCAUCAUCUGUAACCAAGAGUGACGAAGCAGUCGCCAUGGCUGCAAUGUUUCAAGCCCAAACUGCGAAUUGGGAAGAGACACAGGAAAAAAUGUCACACGCUCAACGUAUUUACUACAAUGCUCGAGGAACGGGGUUCUCUCGUGGUGGCAAACCUCAUUCGGCGCACCAGCCCUAUCAAGUACCGGACAGACCGUUGCCUCCCAGUUAUGUCUGCUAUCGCUGUGGUCAGAAAGGACACUGGAUCAAGGAUUGCCCUACAAACAAUGAUCGUGAAUAUGACAACAAACCCCGCAUCAAACGAACGACAGGUAUCCCGCGGAGUAUGCUCAAGGCUGUGGAGAACCCCACCGGUGCACAAAUUGGACAGGGAGUCAUGGUUACACCAGAGGGUGGUUAUGUUGUUGCUCAACCAGACAUAGCCUCGUGGCAUAAGCAGGUAUCACGAAGCAAAGCACUCACCGCUGCCGAUGUCCGUGAACGUAUACCCACAGAUGCCAGUCUUGUUUGUCCCAUCGACAAUAAACUCUUCCGUGACGCUGUGAAGACUCCUUGUUGUGGCACGAUAUAUUGCGAAGAGUGUAUACAGACGCACCUUCUCGAGCGAGAUUUCAUAUGUCCAAAUUGUGCUAAGAAAAUUGCUUCCCUGGAUGAGUUGUUUGCGGAUAAGCCGAUGCGUAUCAAAGUAACGGACUACAUCGAAAAGGCUAUCGAGAAGAGUAAAAUGGAGGGCGAAGAAGAGACUAAAUCAACGACAGAUGACUCUGUUCAGCAGGAGGAACCGAAUCUGGAACAGGACUUCUAUUCUGACCAACAGCCUGGUGCCGAUGUGGACGUGCAGGAAAUGCUUGUAAACAGCAUCCCUCAAUUACAGGCACAAAUCUCUCAAAUAUCUGUCAUGCUUCAAAAUCCUUCCCUCCCGAUGCAAGUACGACAAACGACCGAGAUGCAAUAUCAGCAGCUCCAAAUGCAACUGCAGCAAGCUCAGACCUUCUCUGCAGCACUGGCGACUAUCCAGCAACAGCAACAGAUCCAGCAGCAGGUCCAGAACGCUAAUGGAGUGGCUUAUAACAACAUGGCGGCUGCUUGGUCGAAUCCAUUCGUGAACCAACAACCUGCGGGACAAGACUCGGCAUACCAGCGUUUACCUGUUAAUAAUCGACGACGUAACUUGAAGCGGGAGCGUCCUUCGGAUUUUCUCGAAGUCGGUGGUGAAUCGGAUAAUAAGGCCGCGAGGUAUUGGGAGUGAUCGAUGGCGUACAUACAUGUAUUUUUCGCAUUGACAUCAUGGACAUGUACACGUUGCAUACAUUUCAAUCUUGUAUUUAUUAUAAUUAGCCAGACAGUGGAUAUGCGAGAAUAGGGA